AUGUCCUCUCCCAAAACUCGGCUGAGCAAUUUGGCCAACCACUUCCUUCAUCCCGGCUCGAGCUCGCAACAACAAAACAAGAGCAUCGACGAUCUGACCAUUGAUGGCCACACCGUGGGCACCCCGUCAUGGUUUAACAACCACGCCCUCUCCCCGGCCUUCUUUCUUCCCCGCGCCGCAGCCAUCGAACCCAACGCUCCCGCCAUCUACCACCGAACAGCCAACGACAAGAUCCUUCGUCGAACGUACAUUGAAUUCGCCGACCGAGCUCGCGGGUUUGCUUACUACAUCAAGAAGAAAGGGUAUAAGCGAGUGGGCAUCCUAUGCACCAACACUCCGGCCUUCCUCGAGGCCGUCUUUGGUAUUGGCGCCGCUGGGGCUAUCAACAUCGCCAUCAACUAUCGGCUGAAGAAGGAUGACAUUGCAUAUAUCUUCGACCAUGCGGACGCAGAUGCCAUUGUCGUCGAUGCCGAAUUCGUCGACCUGCUUGACGACUACAAGGUAAACCACCCCAAUGUACCUUUGAUCGUCGACACCGACACCGAUGCCAUUCAAGGCCAAUUGUGCGGUCCUUUCGACGAAGCCGUGCUUGAGGGCUUGCAGUAUGACACAUCGAGAGGGUCUCAUGGGUGGGACGCGCUCGAAACCCAGGCUGCGGAUGAACUCGCCGUUACCGCGUUGGCCUACACAUCAGGCACCACCGCUCGUCCCAAGGGCGUCGAAUAUACUCACCGAGGCGGAUAUCUAGCGGCAUUGGCCAAUGUCAUCGAGUCCGGUCUCUCGUAUCAUGAUGGUGAACGUUGCAAGUACCUGUGGACGCUACCAAUGUUCCAUGCCAUGGGAUGGACGUAUCCAUGGGCCGUGACCGCGGUGAGAGGGACACAUUACUGCCUCCGCAAAAUCGAUUACCCCGAGAUCUGGCGCUUGCUGAAAGAUGAAGGCAUCACCCAUUAUUGCUCCGCUCCGACAGUCAACACGCUUCUCUGCGCAGACUCAAAUGCUGUCAGACUGCCCAAGCCUGUCCGGGUGACGGUGGCUGCCAGUCCUCCGACGGCACAUUUGUUUGAACAGAUGACCAAUCUCAACCUGCACCCUGUGCAUGUUUAUGGCUUGACCGAGACAUAUGGGCCCAUCACAAAGGGUUAUAUCUUGCCGGAAUGGAACGAUUUCGCCAACGUCAAGGACAAAUAUGCCAAAAUGGCCCGCCAGGGUCACGGCAUCGUCACUUCUCUGCCAGUCAGGGUCAUUAAGACCGACCUACCGGAAGGGACGAUUCUGGAUGUUGAAAAGAACGGCAAGGAGAUUGGCGAGAUUGCCUUCGCCGGUAACAUUUGUGCUAGGGGAUAUUACAAGGAUGAAGCUGCCACCAGAAAGUUAUUCGCUGGUGGUGUGCUGCACUCGGGCGAUCUGGCCGUGUGGCAUCCAGACGGAGCGAUCCAAAUUCUUGAUCGUGCGAAGGACAUCAUUAUCUCUGGAGGCGAAAACAUUUCUUCGGUCGCUCUCGAGUCCAUAUUUGUCACGCAUCCGGAAAUUCUCGAAUGCGGUGUCGCCGCUGUCAGCGAUAGUCAUUGGGGGGAAAGACCCAAGGCAUUCAUCACUGUGAAGCCCGGAUCCAGUGUGACUGGAGACGACGUGAUCAAGUGGGCAAAAGAUCAUCCAGGUAUCAGUAGGUUUAUGGUGCCUCGGGAAGUCGAGAUCGUACCCGAGCUGCCCAAGACAAGCACUGGGAAGAUCAGAAAGAACGUCCUGCGGGACUGGGCCAAAGGGAAACGAGAAGAAGAGUAG